GGGCAGUAUUAUGGGAACUCAGUACCCCCAGAAUAGGCUCGUGACCUCGGCGUAAAUACAGCCCGGAAAUAUCACCCGGGUUCUUCCGUCAGAACUGCCACAGGCUCCUUCCCCGCACUUGUUCUCUCGCAUCCCAGUUGCCGACUUGCAGACAACACCAACGAAUAGUCUCUGCUCAUCGAGCACUACGACCUCCUCACUAUGAGUGCACCAGGUCCCACGAUGAAGACAUUUCAAAAGCGUUUUUGUACUGCUCUUCCUCGCUCAAUACCCUCAUCAUCUCCUCCAUCUAUCUCCCGCGUACGAUCCGGUUCAUCACCUUCUACUCGUUCUCUCUAUACUACACCUUCCAGUCCACUUGCUUUCUUUGACUCCCCACCACCACCACAGCCACAACCUAGCAAACCUCAUGCCGUUUCCACUUCUCGUCUUCCUGUAAAGGCAGAGGGCGAAGGUUCCGCCCAUAAUUCGCAUGGACAACCCCCCUUCUCCUUGGCACUUACAUCCCCACAAGCAAAUCCAAAUUCUCCUCCCCACACCCCUCCUUCCCAUCAGUCUUCCUCUUUCUUUCCCUAUCCCCCAUUUGUACCAAUACCCUUCUACAACAUCUCCCUUGCAGAUUCACACACCGACUCUCAUCCACGCGAAAAGAAACAAAAAGUUCGCUAUCAUCUCGACGUCGGCGCCUAUGGCAUACCGAAGAAAUCCAAAGGCCCAGUCUCAGGCAGACCAAUAGCCAGCGGUAAUCCCAAUAGUUGGCGAAAGAUCGACCCUCAGCACCAGAAAGAGGAUCUCACUCUCGCAGUUCAAGUAGGCGAGGAUGCCUACUUUAUCCAGGAGAAUGCAAUGGGCGUCGCAGAUGGUGUCGGUGGUUGGUCACGAGCAAAGGCCCCUGAUGCUAGUUCAUCUAAGAUAACAGACCCAUCACCUAGUGCUUUGUUCGCCCGCAGAUUAAUGCACCAUUGUUCAGCAGAGACACUACAAGCCGAGGCUUCAACCUUCCGUCGCCGCGAUGUAUCCCCUUCUCGCUCUAAAUCCCCCCACCGACAUACGGGCUCUACCGCCCUCAAUGCAGCUUGGCCUGGCAAGGCCGAUAUCGACGAACUUCAUGAAGAGCUCGAAGAAUCACUAGAGGACCUUGAAGACGGACUAGACGUCCUAAUGAUCCUCGAACGUGCCUACGAAAGCACAAUCAAGGCUCACGUCAUCCCAGAGCCUCCCUGUCCGUCUACAAAGGGGACUCUAUCACCAGGGCUUCCAUCCAUACCCGAAGAAAACCCCCUCACCACCUCCGCCGAAUCCCCACGCUCAACCCCCCAACUAUCCCCUUCAAAGAUGAUCCCACUCAUGACAGGUUCUUCAACCGCCCUCGUCGCAGUCCUUCAGCACUCUUCCAGCACCCCUCCCCCAGCUACAUCCCCACCCCGCCCAUUCAUAUUCCAGAAUUCUACAGAUACCCCCCCUCGCGAAGAGACCCACGACGCAGUACUCAAGAUCGCCCAUCUCGGCGACUGCAUGGGUAUGCUGGUACGUGACGAGAAUGUCAUUUGGCGCAGCAAAGAAAUGUGGCGCGCCUUCAACACCCCCGUACAACUCGGUCCCGCAUCAUCUGCACGCCCUCGAGAUGCCCAGAUCCUCAGCCUCCCAGUUCAGGCAGACGACAUACUCAUUCUAGCAUCUGAUGGCCUGUCUGAUAACUUGUGGGAUCACGAGGUCCUUGACGAAGUAGUGCGGUUCAAGCGCUCUUUCCUGAAGAGCGACAGUGAUGGAACUGGUGAGGGUCUAUUGGGCCGUCGAACGCUAGCUGGUAUGCUGAGCGAAGCACUCUGUUCACGUGCGCGUCGCGUGAGCGAGAGAAGGGGGCAGGGCAUCGAAGACGGAGUGUUUGAUAUGGAGGAUGAGGUCCCGUUUGCAUGUCGCGCAAGGGAGUCAGGGAAACCAUUCAGAGGUGGUAAAAUAGAUGAUAUUUCGGUAUUGGUAGCCGUCAUUUCACCCGCUACAGACGUCGCCCGGAGCUCCUUGUAAGCUCGCUCAGCGGAUUUUUUUGUUUCUCGUCUUCGAAUUCGACACUCAUCGCUCUAUCGCAUUUGCACAUGUAUCACAAUUUACCUUGGAAGUGCUCUGCUGGUUUAUGUUAUGUAUAGAUAUACAAUGUCGCCGCUGCGCUGUCGAUGUAUAGCAGCAUAUUUUGGGUUUUGUACAGGCAUCCGACCGCGGUAAAUAGGGUCGGAGAGUAAUUUCAAGCUAGACUAUAAUGUACAAUAUUAGAGUCGCCUUGCUUUUCACAAUUUCACUGCAUGAUGCGUGAACUGUUC